AUGGUCAAAAUUAACCCGAGGUUAUCUUGUACAGGUUUACUUAGAGAAUCUGUAAAUAGAUCUCGUGAAUUUCCAUCACUAGUUAAAUUAUGUAUAAGAAAAAUAAGAUGUAUUAGAAAUGAGAUAAGUGAAUUACAUCUAAAAGAUAUAUCAAUUCAUUUGAUAUAUAUGAUAUAUCAAGGAUGUACUUGUUAUGAAUUAUUACAAGCUGAGACAAAAAAUCCAGGUAUUGAUACAAUUUUUAAAAAAGAUAAUGGUAAAUUAUGGGAAAGUUUAUGGGAAACAGCUGUUAGAAUAAAAUUUAAUAGUAGUCCAAAUAUUCUAAAUAUGAAAAGAACCAAUGAAAGUUUUAGAAAUUUUUUUCUUAGAUAUCAGGAAGAAAAUGUAAAGAAAUUCGAAAAAAAAUUAGCAAAUAGUGACUUAAAAUCAAGUCUUUGUUUAUCUAAAACAAAUCUUGUUAAGGUUGAGAGUUCUAAACUUAGAAAGAAUAAAUCAUCAAAUUCUUUAAUGAGACAAUAUUUUGAAGGAAGAACAAAGAAAUCAAAAUGCUCAGUUAUUUCUUUAACACACAAGAAAUCAAUGAAUAUUAAUAUUAUUGGUAAUGUAGAACAACCUUAUGGAAAAACAAAGAAGAUUUUAAAUUCUAAUAAUGAAAUAUAG